AUGAUUCUUCCUGCGUUAGAGCGAUUCCGUCGCUCGGCGUCGCUACUUCUCACCACAAGCUAUACUAGCGACUCCAGGACUAGUCAGAAGAAGUUCUCCAACUUCCAACGAAUGAAUGAACCAAGCCUCCACCACGCAAAGCUCGAUCUGACGCUACCUCCGUUCAAUCUCGGCCAGCCGCUUCUUCGUAUCCCCGAGGACUCGCCUAACAAAUACCUCGGACUGUGGGACAUGACUCGCCUACCAAACGUCCCUUGA